AUGCAAGACGAUAAGGAUGACUGGAAAGAGGCAGCAGCAACGAUGGCAAUGACUUAUGAGCAGGCCCAUUUGACUAUUGCAGCUACUUGGGCUAGUGACAGCGACUGCGGUUUGUUUGCGUCGGAUCGAGAGCCAUACAAGGCCAGAAAGUUACAGGAUCACGAACUCUACAUACACACAGACGGUCCCGUUUUCCCACCACCAGCUGCCGUAGGUUGGACUGAAUUUCCACUUCUGAGCAGGGCUUGGGUUUACCAAGAGCGACUUUUGUCGUCACGGAUGGUUCACUUUGGCAAGGAUCAGAUGUUUUGGCAAUGUCCCACUCGCUUCGUUGCCGAGAGUGGGUGGACCUAUACGGGGGACUAUCAACCCCCACAUGUCGAUCCUUCAAGCCUUAACCUCUUUGAGGUCAUUGAACAUCCAGUCGACCGCUGGCACAAGUUGGUGAAGAUGUAUUCUGGCCUGGACUUAACCUAUGCAAGCGAUCGGUUACCCGCAGUCGCUGCCAUAGUCGAACGCGAAAUGCGAUUACGUCUAGACGAUGUAUACAUUGCUGGUAUGUGGCAGAAAACUCUGCUCUCCGAUCUCGCCUGGGUGCCGUUCAAUGUAGGUAGCGUGCCGCCGGCGCGGAUACCUCAAAUUCGUUCCCCAACAUGGGCAUGGCCAUCUUCACAAGUGCAAGUGUAUUGGUGGAGCGGAUCACCCGAACCAUCUUUGAGAUUGGUGGACCUGUCAUACACUCGUGUUGGACCGGCGCACAUUGGCGAGGUCACAAAUGCUAGCAUCUUACUGGAAGGCCAUGUGUACACCAUUCGGUGGGAAAAAACCCUCGAGCAGAGCAUAUUCGUGCCAGAAGCGUGCAUGGAAAUAGUUCCUCCCUCAAUUUCGGACGUUAAAUUACACGAUUGGAGUACACGCAUGGAUUUUGACUGGUCUACCGGUGAUCGACCGGCCACGAUUGGAGAUACUUUCGUCGUUUUGACGAUCAGCCUGCUGUCAGAAAGAGAUUCUUAUAUCGGGCUCAUUCUUCGAGAGGUUACCGACGGCGUCUUCGAGAGAAUGGGAACCAUCGCCAUUGGAGCCGUUUCUCGGGCCGGGAUGACCACUCCACAAAAGACUCAGAUGAUCCGUGAUUUCGUUGAGGAAUUGCCAAUUCGACAGGUCAAGAUUAUCUGA